CUGAUUGGCUCUACACACUCACUGAGAAUCAAAUGACAACCCUCUCUCUCUAUCUCUCUCUCUCUCUCGCGCUACGAUUCUAUAAAUUUUCAAACUCUUCCGCCAUGUCAACUCUGCUCUUCCCCUUCCCUACCUACGAAUCUUCUCAUCUACUCUUCCCGCUCUCGUCCCCCGAAAUUUCUCUUCUUCCAUCCUGCUUGAACCAUGGUUUGCUUUGAUCUUCUUAAUUGUUUUCUAAUCUGCAAAUCGAAAAUCAUGAUUCUGAACCACGCUUUCCUUGUGGUGAUUUACAUUGCUUGUAUAUUCGUCUUUCUUCGUGUAAUUUUACCCAGAACUUCUUUGGUUUUCGUUGUAAAGCAAUGUGUCGAAUCGAUUGAGGAUUGGUUUCGUGUGUUUCAGUUCUUCAGAGUCCCGCAGUUCGACCACAAUUUCCAGGAAAAUCAACUUUACCGGAAAAUUUCAGUCUAUGUAAAUUCUUUAGCUUCAAUUGAAGAUUCAGACUUUACCAACAUUUUUUCGGGGAGGAAAUCCGGCGAGAUCGUCCUCGGUCUCCAUCCCAAUCAGACGGUCCGCGAUUCUUUCCUCGGUGCCAGAGUUUCUUGGGUGAACGAAGAGAGAGGCGAUUGCAGGUCCUUCGUUUUGAAGAUCCGAAGGCGAGAUAAGCACCGGAUCCUGCGUCCUUAUCUGCAACACAUUCACGCAGUUUCCGAUGAGAUCGGACAGGGGAGGAAGGAGCUGAAGCUCUACGUGAACACUCAGGAUCACGGUCGCCACAGGAAUGGACGGUGGAUGUCCGUCCCCUUUACUCAUCCCGCAACCCUCGACACCAUCGCCAUGGACUCGGAUCUGAAGAACCGGGUCAAGUCCGACCUCGAAUCCUUCCUCAAGUCCAAACAGUACUAUCACCGAUUAGGCCGCGUUUGGAAACGAAGUUUUUUGCUUUACGGACCUCCCGGCACCGGAAAGUCGAGCUUCAUCGCUGCCAUGGCCAAGUUCCUCCGCUACGACAUCUACGACAUCGAUUUAUCAAAGCUCUCCCGCGACUCGGAUCUGAAGACUCUUUUGUUGCAGACGACGAAGAGAUGUGUGAUUGUCGUCGAAGAUCUAGACCGGUUUGCCGUGGAGAAAUCGCAGGCGGUGUGGCUAUCGGGUUUACUGAACUUCAUGGACGGUAUAUUUAGCACUUGCUGCGGCGAAGAGAAAGUGAUGGUGUUCACAAUGUCUGAAAAGGAACAGAUUGAUUUUUCCAUGUUAAGGCCUGGGAGAAUUGAUGCGCAUAUACAUUUCCCUCUCUGUGAUUUCAAAGCUUUUAGAACUCUGGCUAAUAGUUAUUUGGGGCUGAAGGAUCACAAGCUAUUCCCGCAAGUGGAAGAGAUUUUUGAGAGCGGAGGGAGCUUGAGCCCGGCGGAGAUCGGUGAGCUCAUGAUCAUGAAUCGGAGUUCACCGAGUCGGGCAUUGAAAUCGGUGAUUAGUGCUUUGCAAAUCGACGGCGAUAAGCGGAGGGUUAGUAAGAUGGGGCAGAGGUUAGAGGACGAUGAGUCGAAACAGUUUGGGGACUCGAGUGAUUCAUCCGUUACUUGCAGGGAGACUGUUCCGCCGGUGAGAGAGUUUCGGAAGUUGUAUGGAUUGUUGAAGAUGAGCAUCAGAAAAUCUGGAUCAUUUCAUAGGUAGUUUCUUAAUUUUUGAUGCUUGAUUUGAUGAAGAGCAUCACAAAAUUUGGAUCAUUUGAUCUAUAGAAGUUAGAAAGAGAGUUGAUUUUGAUGUUCAAUUGAGUUUUGAGUUGGCGCCGCUGGCGAGCGAUGUACAUAACAAAGAAACAGUCCUUGGUUUAGAAAAUUAAACCAUAGACAUGUUUUAGUGGAAAGGAUUUUUUUUUUCUUUAAAUUCUUUUAUUUAAUUAUAGAAUACAAUAUUACUUCUAUUUUUAAUUUGACAA